AUGGCUCCCGCCCGGCCGCGCCCAUACCGGCGCAUUCUGACAUCUGCGCUACAUCGGCGGUUCGUCCAUGCUUCGGCACUUGCGCUGCUCGUCUGUUACAUUGUGUCAUUCUUGAUCGGCCAAAAAGCGUCCUUACUAUGGGCAUGGUUUCCAAUUGGCGCAUGUGGAAUCCGCACAAUUCUACUGUUCCUGUCCAGUCUCGUUGUCUUCGUCUUGCGUGUUGGUCAGAUGCACAUUGGCUCGCGAACGACUAGCUCUCCCAUCAGCACCUUCAAAUACCUUGUCCCGCUCAACAUCUUGCAGACAUUUGGAUGGUAUCUGUUUUCUGCAUGGUGGUUCAGUGAGAUUUACAAAUGGUCCGUGCCGACAGACGUCCAUAUGGAAUGGGUAAAGCGAGCUCGGCCACACGAACGAGCAAGCCUAAACGAACGCCCCAUCUACCUUUAUACUUGUCAUUUUCUCCUGGCAGUUGUGCAAUCGGUUGCGCACCUCUACUACGACUAUGACCAGGUUCCCAUCCCGGUUGCGAAGCGGGCUGCAGGCGCUACGGACAAGAGAACCCAUCCCCUGGACUCGGUGUCGAAGCGGAUCCAGGCCGCUCUCCCUCGGCUAAUCCUGGAUGGGUUUGCCCGGAGUACCAUAGUCGCCGGAACCUUCCCUGUGGUGUACACCGUUCUCUUCCGACGUCCCGCCUGGAGCUUUACCAUGUACUGGGCGAGACUGUUCUGGGAUUUCCCCCGGUCUGCCGCAGACCCGCCAGGAUUCCUCCCAGGGAUCGGUCUAGGACUGGUGCCUCGCACUAUCUUCUCCGGAGGACUACUGGUCCUGUGCUGGCAAACAGCCAACCUUUUCUUUUCCGUGUUCAUCAGCAAGGAACCUCUCAAGCGAGGACAACCCUUGACAUCAGAAGCCAAGGACCCCAACGGAAGUCUGCUGACCGGACUGAAAGCAAAGAAAGAGACCGUCAAAGCCUUUGCGUUCUGGGAGCUGUGCUUCAUCAGCCAGCAGUUCCCUGACCGGCGCAAGGCGAUCUUCAACGACAUCGACCGCGAAGGUGGUGCCGCCUGGACGCAGAUCCUCGAGGCAGCAACAGAAGUGAUCAAAGGCAUGACCACCCGGAUCGACGAAAAACAAAACCCUCCUGCAAGCGCCGCCAAAUCCCCCGAAACCGAAAAACCCCAGCCUGUCCUCCACACCCUGCCACGGCUCACCGACCCUCCCAAAGAAGGCAACUUCUUUGCCCCUUCCCCCAAGGCCUCGUCGCGCCAGGAGCGCAUCGGAGAGGCGUUCAGCACCACCGCCCGGUCCUACGGCCAGUCCGCCGACUGGACGCCGACCGCCCGCGCCCGCGCCAGGGACGUCUUCGACCGCGCGUCGUCGGCGAUGCUCAGCCCCGAGCGCAAACAGAAGCUCCUCGCGUCCCUCGCAGGAGCUCAAGCUGCUCGCAGCCCCGCCUUGCGCUCCCCCAUCGGCCGCCUCUUCCGCCAGACGUACGCGCGCCGCCUGUCCGGCAUCGUCCUCGGCGCGCCGCACGCAAGCCUGUGCUCGAUCGUCGACGCUAUUGAGUCGCUCACCCAGCUCCUCGUGGCUAGUCUCCAGGAAGACCAGUACGGCAAGGUGCAGGCCGACGUCCCCGGCGUCGUGCGCCUCUUCACCGAAACGGUCAUGACGCUCGAGGCCUUCGUCCACGGCGGUCUGGACGCCCACUGGACGGACGUGACGUUCCCGCCGUCCAGCGACCCCCAGGCGCAGGCCGCGGCGCGCCGCGUUCCGGACGUCGAGCUCGUCCUGGACACACUCAAGACCUCGCUGGCGGACCUCCUCGCCGCGUUCAGCCUCUAUCUCAAAGAUAUUGGGCUCGUGGGCAAAGACCUCCGGCUCGCUAGGGAGGCCGCUGGACUCGUGGAUGAAAAUUGA